AUGGCGACGCCACCGAAGAGAAGCUGUUCCAGUCCCGACCUGGAGGAGAACGGCAGAAGCUGUUCCAGUCCCGACCUGGACAGCAGCUUCCAGAAAAGAGUGAAGAAAAUUUCCAUCGAAGGGAACAUCGCUGCUGGUAAGUCGACUUUUGUGCGCCUCCUGGAAGUGGCAUCAGAGGAGUGGGAGGUGAUUCCAGAGCCCAUUGGCAAGUGGUGCAACAUCCAGAAUGACAACGAAGACGUUUACCAGGAAUUAAGCUCCUCGCAGAAGAGUGGGGGGAACCUCCUUCAAAUGCUCUACACUAAACCCAGUCGCUGGUCCUACACCUUCCAGAGUUAUGCAUGUUUGAGUCGCAUACGCGCUCAGCUGCAGCCUCCCUCGUUGAAGCUCCAGCAGGCUGAUCAUCCUGUCCAGUUCUUCGAGCGCUCCGUCUAUAGCGACAGGUAUGUGUUUGCCUCAAACCUCUUUGAGUUGGGAGACCUGAAUGAGACAGAGUGGAGUGUGUAUCAGGACUGGCAUAGCUGGCUGCUCUCACAGUUCCAGCAGCAGAUUGAACUGGACGCCUUCAUCUACCUCCGCGCAGAGCCUCAGAGGUGUAUGCAGAGACUGUUUUUGCGGGGUCGAGAGGAGGAGCAGGGAAUCCCUCUGGAAUAUCUGGAGCAACUUCACUUUAAACAUGAGGAGUGGCUUUACCACCGCAACACCAAGUUGGACUUUGAGUACCUAAAGGAGCUUCCAGUUCUUGUGUUGGACGUCAACAGCGAUUUUAAAAACGACCAUAUUAAACAGGAAGCUGUCAUUGACAAGGUUAAAGACUUCCUGAGCACGUUGUAG